AUGAGCAAGCGUAGCAACUUUGAACGCCACAAGAUGCAUGGUCCUGAAGCAGUAGAGUUGAAGAACUUCUGGGAAAAAGCCAUCCAAGAGCAAACGAGGCAACGAGAAAGUGAGGAGUCUAGGUUAAGCAAAAGUGCUCUCAACAAGCUUCGUCAUGAGUGGACUCAGAGGCUGGAAGGCAGGACAAAGCUAGUCCAUGCACACUUAAAAAAGCAGAAGGAGCAGAUGGCACUGCUGUCCAUAGAAGCUCAUCAUUUGUCAGAUAAAACUGUAGCUUAA